CUGGGGGCGGAUGUCACUUCGUAGAGAAAUAUGUUCGUCGGUGAGCGAAGGUCUGGCGACGCCGCUGCGCAGCGUGCUGACCUGCUCGGUGUGCAACCAGCGCUAUGAUGACACAGGCCGCCGACCUAAGUUCUUGGUGUGCUUCCAUACAGCCUGCCAGACAUGCCUCAAUAAGGCCUUCAAACAGGGCAAGGUGGCGUGCCCUACAUGCAGCCGGCCAACGGAGGUGGAGUCGGUGUCUAAGCUGCCCGACAACACGCAGCUGGUGACACUAGUGCUGAACAUGUCUUCUCUGAACCUGCACGAGGCAGUAGGUCCCGGUAAAGACACGUGUGCCGUGCAGGUCCCCGUAAAGACACGUUUACCGUGCAGGUGGGCCAUCGAGGGCAUCCAGCAACGCGGCCGUAUCGUUAUCGAGCUUCGCCCCGACAAGGCGCCGCGGCUGUGCGACAACUUCAGCAAGCUGUGCACGGGUGAACGCGGCUACGGCUACAGCGGCUCGAAGGUCUUCAGGUGCCUACCCGGCUGGUGGAUUCAAGCCGGCGACUUCGUAUCCAACGACGGAGAAGGCGGGAAGUCAGCGCUGGAAGAGGAUAUGAUAGAGGCCGAGACAACUGACCUGGAGGCUAAGGCCGGGGCGGUCGAGAUGGUGUGCGUGUCGAGCAGCGGGCGCGGGUCUCUCAUGGUCGCAUCGCAGUUCUUCGUGCACGUCAAGAAGUACAGCUACACGCACGUCUUCGCCUACGUCAUCGAGGGCCUGGACCUCGUCGAGAGACUGACGCAGCUGGGUGACGGAGACCAGGCUUACCACCCGACCCAAGAAAUCACCAUCGUGGACUGCGGCAGAAUACAAGCGUAACGCGACUAUGUUUCUACUUCUCUUUUUGCCAGCCAAAGAUGCAGCGGUAAACCUACGCUGAGAUUAUUUGUUUGUUCAAGGCAAGAACUUCUACAGCGUAAUAUGAGAUGAGCGUUGCUGAAGAAUAUCCAGCAAUAUCUCCAAGUAUUGCCCAGAUCAAGAGGCCGUAUAAAAUGUAAUACUAUCCUGCGGCGGGCACACAGAGUAUUUCCAAGAAGACAAGACCGUAUAAGAUGUAAGACAAACUCAGGAAGCAACAGUUUGGCAAAUGAUCAAUUAUAGCCUCAAUAAUAGUCUAGUUCAUCUGACAUGAGCUUGGUGAAGACUAUUGGACUAUGUGCCGUUAUUUUGGAUAUGAGGUGAACUGAUUCGAGGACAUUUUAGUUUUUAUCGCAACAACUAUUCCUUAGGCCAACGUCACAAGCUGCGAUGUCCCUCAAGGCUGAACAAAAAUCCUCGGAAAAUUUUAAUCCAGUAUUUAUUUUUGUGGCACAAUAUAACUUUGAUUCAUCUGGAUUUAUUUCAUGCAGAUCUGAACAAUAAUUAUUUUCUAAUUACUGUACAAUCUUCAUAUUUCCGUGACCAGAAGGCCAAAAAGAUGUCCAGUUUACGGAAGCUUUAAAAAAAUUUAUGACUAAUUGAUAUUUAUCCUGAAUUUCAGUAGUGGGUGUCAAAGAAAAGGCAAUUAAUUUGUUCGUAAACGUGGCGUCUUUAGCAUAAUUUUCAAAUUCCAUGUUUCCAUUGUAAAAGGUUUUGGGUGAAUCCUGGGUGAAAUGAAAUUCAGUUCCAGGUUCAUACAUGCUAAUUAUUUCGAUUUAAUUUUGAAGAUCACUUUCAUGGAAAACACUCCAAGCGGAUCUCUGUCACGGAGCUGCCAGUGCAUUCAUGAGUGUAUGUUCAUUGAAUUUUCAUGUUAUGAGGCAUAGCUGAAU